AUGAAAAAUGCGCUUUCCUCCGUUUACCGGCGCCGGAAGUUAUUUUAUCUUCUCGAUCGUCCAUUACUUCUCCGCCGUUUCUCAGCUGAAUCUGAUCCAUUGGCAGAGAUUAAACCGGAUUUUGAAGAAUCUUUGGAGCAUCUUCGAAACAUUCCGCAACAUGAUUGGGAGUCCAGCGAACACCUUGGUUCGCUCAUUUCAUCUUACUCUUCUUCUUCUCCUCGAGUGUUCUCGCAAAUCACGCGGCGUUUGGGUUCGUACUCAUUGGCAGUGUCUUUCUUCGAUUACCUGAACGAGAAAUCUCAGUCUCUGAAACACCGCGAUGAGUCUCUCUCCGUCACGUUUCAGUCAGUUAUCGAAUUCGCUUGCAAAGAAACUGACUCGCGGUUUAAGCUUCUACAGCUCUACGAGGCUGCUAAAGAGAAGAAAGUUUCGCUUACGUUCAAUGCCGCCAAGUUCCUGAUCAGCUGGUUUGGACGUCUUGGAAUGGUGAAUGAGUCUGUUCUCUUAUACGAAGAACUCGAUCCGAGCGUGAAGAACACGCACGUGCGUAACGUUUUCAUCGAUACGCUUCUGAAAGGUGGUCUUGUGGAUGAUGCGUUGAAGGUGCUCGACGAAAUGCUUGAAAAAGAAUCAAUUUUUCCGCCAAAUGAAUCAACGGUGGAUAUUGUUUUCCACGGCUGGGUUUCGAAGAGAAGGCGUGUGACAGACGAGGAGAUUACACAGCUGGUUUUGAGAUUCGGCGAUCGUGGCUUGUCCCCAAACCGUGUUUGGAUGAAACGUUUAAUCACUGCACUGUGUAACAAUGGUCAAACCAAUGUAGCUUGGGAAACUUUGAGGAAGAUGAUGAAGACGAAAGCUACCCUGGAAGUGUCUCCCUUCAAUGCGCUUUUGACAUCGUUGGGACGGAAUAUGGAUAUUGGUCAAAUGAAAGCUGUGGUUGCAGAGAUGGACGAAAUGGGGAUUCAAGCUGAUUCAACAACUCUGGGGAUUCUCAUUAACACUUUGUGUAAGUCAUUGAGAGUCGACGAGGCCUUGAAAGUAUUUGAACAGAUGCGUGAUGAUGGAAGUGUGAUCAAAGCUGAUGAGAUCCAUUUCAAUACCCUUAUCAACAGCCUCUGCAAGGUAGGGAGAUUAAAAGAAGCAGAGGAGUUGUUGGAGAAGAUGAAAAUGGGAGAAGACUGUGUGCCUAAUACAAGUACUUACAAUUGCUUGGUCGAUGGGUAUUGCAGAGGUGGACAGCUUGACGUGGCCGAAUCAGCUGUGUCUCGAAUGAAGGAAGAAGGGAUUAAACCGGAUGUGGUUACUCUUAAUACAAUGAUUAAGGGAAUGUGUAAGCAUCGCGGAGUGAGCAGUGCGGUUUCUUUCUUAAUGGAUAUGGAAAGGGAAGGCUUGGAAAGGAAUGUGGUUACUUAUAUGACAAUAUAA